UCCUAGCUCUGUAAGGAGCAAAAUGCAUGUAAAGGUAGCAUGGAAAUGCUGGUCCAAAAUAAUCUCCACCUUCCGAAGAUCACGCCAGAAGACGGAUGUUCUUACACGGGAUUCCAAAAGGAGACAUGUUUGAGAAGACUUUCAAGUGGCCUUUAUGCUUAUCAGGCAUACCUGGAAUACAUAGAUGAUGCUUUUAGUAAGACUGUACAAAUGAGUGGAUCUCUGUGGCCAAGAACACGGCAACUAGCAGAUAUCUUGAAAUCAAUGAUGAACAAUCCUGACAUUGUAACUAUGCUGCCACCUGUCACUCAGGAUAUGGUUUCAAUAAAACUACGUGAACAAAAAGCUUGGAAUAUAACAGUUAUCAAGUUCCUUAUACUUCAAGAUUUUAUCUCAUUUUUGGAGAAAACGGCAAGAGCAUUUUGUCGUUCAUGAAUGGCCAGGUUUUAUCUGACUGCUUUAAAUCAGGAACAUCAGUUCUCAAAAUGUGUGGGGUAAAACACAUGACAUUGUUGUUCUCUUUAAGAACCUUUUCUUCUAUAUAAUGGGGUAUUGUUCUCUUUGAGAACCUAUUCCUCUUUAUGGAGGUGAUAUCUAUCAAUCUAUUUAUAA